CGGAGAUGGCGGAGAGGAACCGAGGAUGAAUGAGCCCUGAGUCUGCCUUGGAGGAGGUUCAGGCUGUGGUAAAAUUUGUCGCAUCAGGCCUCGGUUCCAGUGCAGUGGACCAAAUACUCGAUGCAGAAAACAAACGCAUGGCAGAGAACUUGUCCAGCAAAGUGACCCGGCUCAAAUCGAUUGCCCUGGACAUUGACCAGGAGGCGGUUGACCAGAAUAGAUACUUGGAUGGCAUGGAUUCUGAUUUCUUGAGCACCACUGGCCUAUUGACAGGAAGUGUGAAGCGGUUUUCCACGAUGGUGAGAUCAGGCAGGGACAAUAAGAAGCUGUUGUGCUACACGUCUGUCGGCCUGGUUCUCCUCUUCUUCAUCCUCUACUUCCUGGUCACCAGGAUUCAGACUUGAGAUGGUUACAAUGCACAACGUGACAAGGAACAGACUGGGGUAUUUGUCAAACUUCCUAUGGACAUUGUUGAGAAGACUGACUGCUCCCUCCUUUACAUCGGGGUUUUUACUGGAGAUCAUUCUCUUGAUCAGCCUGGGAAUCAGGCAGGUACACUGAGUCUGGUGAGGGAUGUGAUCUUGUGAUCUUUAACACUGCUCUGCUUGUUCUAUGCCACACGUGCACUGGUGUAUAGCGGAACAAAUGAACCAGUCGCAGUCUGCAGUGAGGACUUUUGUUUUUUACAAAGGCAGGCGUAUGUUUAACCUCCAAGGUACCCCCCCCAGAACUAAGAAACAGGAUAACGGGACUUCUAUCCAGACCAAGAACAGCACCUUUAUAAUCAUUAAAAUUAGUGAUUUCAUUCUCUUUUUUUUAUAUAUUUACGUAGAGAUCAUUCUCCAAUGCCAAUUUCCUGAUUUAACAAUUCUCUUCAUCUUAAGGAAAUCUUUUCCAAAAUUUACUAUCACUUCCAAGAGCGAAGAGUCACAGUUGGAUUUGGUUAGUAUGUGCUUUAAGUAUAUUUUCACUCUGAAUAAAUAUUAAUUGUCUAAACAACUGUUCACUUGAAUUUUGCAGACAAUUCGUUCUCAUUUUAUCUUCCCUUCAUGCUGCUGACUCAUUAGAGCUCUCGGGUCUGCUCUGCCAUUCAAGAGCUUGGCUGAUGCUGCCCCUCAUCCAGGUUUCAUCUGAUAUUCCUUUCCUCCAAUUCCCUGAAUGCCCAAAAAUCUCAUCCAAUAUGAAGAGGUGCUGGCUGUCUUGAGGCGAAUUAAGGUGGAUAAAUCCCCAGGGCCUGACGAGGUGUCCCCUCAGAACUUGUGGGAGGCUAGUGCAGAAAUUGCAGGGGCCCUGGCAGAGAUAUUUAAAAUGUCCUUAGCCACGGGUGAGGUGCCAGAGGACUGGAGGAUAGCUAAUGUUGUUCUGUUGUUCAAGCAAGGCUCUAAGAAUAAGCCGGGAAAUGAUAAGUCGGUGAGCCUGACGUCAGUUGUGGGUAAAUUAUUGGAAGGUAUUCUGAGGGACAGGAUAUAUAAGUAUUUAAAUAGACAGGGCCUGAUGAGGGAUAGUCAACAUGGCUUUGUGCGUGGUAGGUCAUGUCUAACCAAUCUUACAGAGUUUUUUGAGGAGAUUACCAAGAAGGUCAAUGAGGGAAAGGUAGUGGACGUUGUUAAAGGC